CGGCUGAAUUUUGACAUUUAAAAUGAGAGUUAAAAUUCGUGUAAACAAAAUUCUUUCCCGGAAAAGCCAGUGAAAACAAAAAUUGAAUAACCUGAAAAUAGAAUUAAUAAAAUUUGUUUUAAAAUGGGAAAGUUCAAUGAGGAACAACUGAGAACAGCGCUAGAUUUCAUGAAAAGACAUCCGGUGAUGCUGCAGAAGCGCAACAAGAUGAACAACAAGUCCCGGAUGAGUUUGUGGAAGGACCUGGUGGACAAACUAAACAACCAUGGGCCACCAUACAAGUCCGAAAUAGGCUGGAGAAGGUCUUGGGCCAAGAAGAAGUUCGAAAUGACGAGGGUCCAGAAGCGAAGGGUGUCGGUUUAUGAAGAUUUGGACAACCUUCUGGCCAGAGCUUCUGAGAUGUCAAAGUCUGCAGAUUCUCAGGAGUAUUCUGAGGCAGAAGAUUCAGAAGAGGAUCAUGACACAACUGAUGUGGAUCCGCUUCAGGUCAGGAAAAGGGAUUCCAAGGUUCUGACUUACGGCAGACAGAGCAAUCCUGAAGUGAAGCACCGCAAUUUGCCCAAAGUGGAAGUCAUAGAGACUUCAUAUGAGAGCAAUCCCAACGGAACCUCUUCACAUGAUCGAAGUUUGGUUAGAAAUAGUCACAGGAAUAGUCGACCUACCGAGGUUUCAAAUCCCACCAAUUCCUGCCCUCCUGAGUAUAGUUCGUCACCUUCUCCCCAUGAAAUAGUGGAAAGUUCCUCCAGGAGGCAGAAAAGUAGCAGAAGUAGCCCAGAAAACAGCGUUGAGCUCUUCUUCAAGUCACUGGCGAUUGAAGUGAACAGGGCAAAUCUGCCCUCUGAUAGGCUCUUCAAUCUCGAAUUGUGUGUGAUGAAGCUGGUGUCAGAGAAGAUUCAGGAGUACGAAAGAGCAGAAGCACAGAUGAGACAUUAAUUUGGAAAAGCCCAGACCCAGGUGCGAGAUUUCUAGCGGAAUUCACAGAAGAAAGAUUGAACAUCAACCAAGUUCUGGGCUGCAGUGAAACCUGAGAAACUGGUUUCCCUGGUUCCCUUGAUCUUGCUGAUCUCUGGGGAUCGAUGAGUGUCGGAAGUGGAAAAUUCAAAGUGAAAAAUUUAUUGAGAACUCUGCAGGAGAUUUAGAGUGAGACAAAUACUGAGAAGUUUGUAAGAAAAAAAUCAGAAGAAGAAUAAGAAUAAACAGAAGUUGCAAAGAAAAAAA